AUGAUCGGUUUCACUAAAAACAAGGAUUAACAUGGUUGGGAUUUCCGAAGAAAGUGGGUGUUUUGUGGUCAACCCUGAUAAAUAAGGAGAGAGGAAGAUGAUGGGCAUUUGGUUUUAGGUUUGGUUUUGUUGUGAGCGGAAGAAGAUGUCGAAGGAGGAGGAGGUGUUCAUAGGCGCGAUCGACCAGGGUACGAGCAGCAGCAGGUUCAUAAUAUACGACGGGACGGCAACGGCAAUCGGAUGCCACCACGUGGAGUUCACGCAGUUCUACCCGGAGGCUGGGUGGGUGGAGCACGAUCCCAUGGAGAUCGUUGAGAGCGUCAAGGUCUGCGUCGCCAAGGCCGUCGACAAGGCCACCGCCGAUGGCUUCAACGUCGAUAAGGGUCUCAAGGCCAUCGGUCUCACCAAUCAGAGGGAGACCACUCUCCUUUGGAGUAAAUCCACUGGCCUCCCUCUCUACAACGCUAUUGUUUGGAUGGACGCUCGCACUUCCACCAUUUGCAGGAGACUGGAAAAGGAGUUAUCCGGCGGCAGAAACCAUUUUGUGGAGAGGUGUGGCUUGCCUAUUAGCACAUACUUUAGUGCUGUGAAGCUGCUGUGGUUGAUGGAAAAUGUGGAUGCUGUGAAGGAGGCAAUAAAGAAGAAUGAUGCGCUGUUUGGAACUAUUGACACUUGGUUGAUAUGGAAUCUAACUGGUGGGGUGAAAGGGGGAUUGCAUGUCACUGAUGUUUCCAAUGCAUCCCGGACAAUGCUCAUGAAUCUAAAAACCCUUGAUUGGGACGCGUCUAUCUUAGAAACCCUUAAAAUUCCUGCUCAAAUUUUGCCUAAAAUUGUUAGCAAUGCUGAAGUUAUAGGAGAGAUUGGGUCUGGAUGGCCAGUUGCUGGGGUGCCUCUUGCUGGAUGUUUAGGGGAUCAACAUGCAGCCAUGUUGGGACAAGCAUGCCGUAGAGGGCAGGCUAAAAGCACUUAUGGCACAGGUGCUUUCAUACUGCUAAAUACUGGGGAAGAGAUAAUUAAAUCAACGCAUGGUCUUUUAUCCACUGUAGCCUUUAAGCUUGGCCCAGAAGCUCCAACCAAUUAUGCAUUGGAAGGGUCAGUUGCUAUUGCUGGAGCCGCAGUGCAGUGGCUCAGAGACAGCCUUGGCAUCAUUUCCAGUGCUCCAGAGAUAGAGGAGCUGGCAUUACAGGUUGAAAACACUGGUGGGAUUUACUUUGUUCCCGCUUUCAAUGGAUUGUAUGCUCCAUGGUGGCGUGAAGAUGCUCGUGGGGUUUGCAUUGGAAUAACAAGGUUUACAAGCAAGGCGCACAUUGCUCGAGCCGUGCUUGAGAGCAUUUGUUUCCAAGUGAAAGAUGUCUUGGAUUCAAUGCAUAAAGAUUCAGGAAAUGUUGAAUCCAAAACAGAGGAGUUUUUGCUUAGAGUGGAUGGUGGGGCAACUGUUAACAACCUGUUGAUGCAGAUUCAGGCAGAUUUGUUGGGAAAUCCAGUGAUUAGACCUACUGACAUAGAGACAACGGCACUUGGAGCAGCCUAUGCUGCAGGAUUAGCUAUUGGGAUUUGGAAUGAAGAUAAUGUUUUCGAUACUAAGGUGAAGAUGAAGAAUGCUAAUGUUUUCCGCCCCCAAAUUGCUGAGGAAGUGAGGAAAAAGAAAGUGGAGGGUUGGUGCAAAGCUAUUAGUAGAACUUUUGACUUGGCUGAUCUUGCUAUUUGAUCUUGAUGAUCUUUUCCCGCAUUUUUUUAAUGUCCUUUACUUCUGAGUGCAACAUCUUAUAUAUAGUCUUAUUAGUCACUAAAAUGAAGGGAAUAAUUGUAUAAACUAUCAAGUAUCAAAUAAAUUUGGCGUUUUGUUUUUAUUUUGUUCCUUCUUUUCCUUGUAUUUGGAGAAGGAAAAAAAACAUUGCAUAAAAUGGAAGAAUUACAUGAGUGGAAGUUUCUUAUUAA